GGUUUGGGACUGUUUGGCUGGAAAUGAAUUGAUAGUAUCGUGUUAGAUCGUGACAGCAGCGCAUCAUAAUGGCCUCAUCUAAAGGGAAGAUCAUUACAGUUGUAGGAAGUGGACUGAUCGGUCGUUCCUGGGCCAUGGUCUUCUUGAGUGGAGGAUACAAGGUUAAGAUCUAUGACAACCAGCCAGGACAAGCAUCCAGAGCCAUUGCAGAAAUCAAGAAGCAGGUUGAGGAACUUCAGGAAGCUCAAAUGCUCAGAGGAAAACUCAGUGCUGCAAAUCAGCUUAGUCUGCUCAGCAGCCACGAAGACCUUUCAGAGGCACUAGAGGGCGCAUUUUUUGUUCAGGAGUGUGUGUUUGAGGAGCUGGAGGCCAAGAAGAGCGUGUUCCAGGCCGUGGAAAAUCAUGUGGGUGAGGGCGUCGUCCUGAGCAGCUCCACCUCCUGUCUAAUGCCGAGCAACGUCUUCUCUCUGGUCCAGAACCGCACACGCUGCAUUAUAUCCCACCCGGUAAACCCUCCCUACUAUGUGCGCUUGGUGGAGUUGGUUCCUCACCCAGAGACUCUUCCUGUGGUUAUGGACAUGGCCUAUGAGCUGAUGACAGAGGUGGGACAGGCACCUGUGCGUAUUCUGAAGGAAAUUGAUGGCUUUGCAUUGAACCGUGUCCAGUACGCCAUCAUAGCGGAGUGCUGGAGAUUGGUCAAGGAUGGAGUGAUCUCAGUGAAGGACAUUGAUCUGGUGAUGUCAGAGGGUCUGGGCAUGCGCUAUGCGUUCAUCGGCCCCAUUGAAACCAUGCACCUCAACGCACCAGAGGGUCUAGAGGACUACCUAAAACGCUACCGAGAGGGCAUGAGGAGAGUGCUGUCUAGUUUUGGGCCUAUUCCUGAGUUUGAUGGAGAAGCGGCAGCUAGAAUCAAUAAAGAAAUCUGUGAGCUCAUCCCAAAUGACCAGGAGCACCUCUCUGCCAGAAGAGAGAGAAGGGAUCAGCUGCUGAUGGGAUUGGCUAAACUGAAGAAAUGAAUGAAUGAAUGAAUGAAUGAAUGUCAUGCCCCAUCUCUCUUUCACACACACACACUCUGAGCUGAAGCAGUGAUUGAAGGAAACAAGAAGCACAGGCUUGCUCAGGAAGGGUUUUUUACACUGGAAUAUCUGCUUUCAAAAGUGGCUGGAGUUCCAGUUAUUAAAUGUUUGAUUAAUUAAUUAAAGCCAUUGAUUUCU